UCUCUCUCUCUGUCUCUCUCUCUCCCCGCUCUCCAGUCACUGAACUCAGCUGCAAGGACAGGAGAGCUGACACCUUCCCGACUGAGGCUGUGCCACGGGCACAUCCCAGGGAGGUGUAUCCAGCUACCUCCGCCUCCCGAGCUCCGGAGCUCGCAGACCUCCCUCCCUCGCGCAUCUCCAGCACCAGUUUCAUCCCUCCCACGGUGACCACCGGCCUCCCGCGCGCGGGGAUCGAAGAUUCUCAAACCUCGGCGUCCCACUCCUGCCUCUGCACCCGGCUGGUGGGCUCGCCACGCGCAGGUCCUGCGGACCUGAUCGCAGCGCAGCGCAGCCGCGUGGCUCUGCCGUCCGCGCUCUGGUUGUCGCCUGGCAGGACGCCCGCCUCACCCCGUCUGCUCCCCGAGUGCAGAAGGCGCAUCUCGCCUCCUUCUCCAACCCCGGGCUCCUCUGGCUUCCCCUACUAGCUGGCUCGUCUACUCCUGCGCCAGCUGAGGUCCCUUUGCCUUCUGGGUGUCAAGCAUGUCGGGCUCUGGACGAAAAGACUUUGAUGUGAAGCACAUCCUGCGACUCCGCUGGAAACUCUUCAGCCACCCGUCCCCGUCCCCAGGCGGCCCGGCGGGGGGCGGCUGCCUGCAACAGGAUGGCAGUGGCAGCUUUGAGCACUGGGGACCUAGCCAGAGCCGCCUUCUCAAAAGCCAAGAGAAAGGCGGCGUGAGCACUUUCUGGAAGAAGCCUUCCUCUUCUUCCUCCUCUUCGUCUUCCUCCCCAUCCUCUUCCUCUACUUCCUUCAACCCACUGAAUGGCACCCUGCUGCCAGUGGCCACGAGGCUGCAGCCAGGGGCGCCCGGGCAGGGCACCCAGCAGCCCGCCCGGACUCUCUUCUACGUUGAGUCCCUAGAGGAGGAGGAAGUGCCUGGCAUGGACUUCCCUGGACCACACGAAAAAGCGCUGGUCCUGCAAGAGCUCAAAGUGGAGCCGGCCAACUCCAGCCAGGCAACAGGUGAAGGAUGUGGACACAGGCUGUCAGCAACUAGCCAUUCACUGGCACCUCAGAGUGAUUUGGAUUCCAGUAGCUCUGAAGAAUUCUAUCAGGCCGUUCACCAUGCUGAGCAAACCUUCAGAAAAAUGGAAAGUUACUUGAAACAACAACAGCUCUGUGAUGUUAUCUUGAUUGUUGGAAAUCGAAAGAUACCGGCACAUAGGCUUGUUCUGAGCUCAGUCUCGGACUACUUUGCUGCCAUGUUUACAAGUGAUGUUUGUGAAGCCAAGCAAGAGGAGAUCAAGAUGGAAGGCAUAGACCCCAAUGCCCUCUGGGAUCUUGUUCAAUUUGCAUAUACAGGUUGCUUGGAAUUAAAGGAAGACACUAUUGAAAACCUCCUUGCUGCAGCAUGCCUUCUUCAGCUUCCUCAAGUAGUAGAAGUAUGCUGCCACUUCCUCAUGAAGCUUUUGCAUCCAUCUAACUGCUUAGGAAUCCGAGCAUUUGCAGAUGCUCAAGGAUGCAUCGAACUAAUGAAGGUGGCUCACAGCUACACAAUGGUAAGAAAAUUUAAUAUUUUAAUAAUAGAGACAAAGCUGUAUUAUCAGAGGCUAAAAUAA